UAAUUAUAAAUUAAGUUCCUUAGGCCAAAACGGACCCAUAGCCUUUCACACAGCAUACGAAUGUGAUUUGUGAAAUGUUUAAAACUUUUAUUAGCAGUUUCAAUACAAAUAAUUUAUUGAAUGUUGCUAAAUCGUUAAGAAGUAAAUACUGUGAACAAGUCUUAUACAUCCAGGCAAACUCGAUUAGCCGUUGGAAGCGUUCAAGCAAAAUGACCCGCACUUGGGAGAGAGCUAUGGGAGGGGCUGGAAAAGGAACUAGUGGCGGUAGUAAAGUCUACACAUUAUUAUCGUACAAUAUUCUUGCACAGGAUUUGUUAGUAGAGCAUUUACAUCUAUAUAUGGGCAUUGAGCCGUCAAUGUUACGUUGGGAUCAUAGACUUUUGCGUUUGACGGAGGAGAUUCAGCAUAUAAAACCAGAUAUACUCUGUUUACAAGAAAUGCAAUUCAAUCAUAUCAGAAAUUUUGUCAAGCAUAUUAGCUUCAAAAGACAAUUGGAAUAUGUGUUCAAAAAGAAAACUGGCCAUCGGACAGACGGUUGCGCAAUUAUUUACGAUAAAAACAAAUUUCGAUUACUAGCCGACUUACCUGUGGAAUAUUAUACCAAAGGCCAUGCAAUUUUAAAUCGUGACAAUGUUGCCUUACUAGCCAUGUUCUCCGUUAGAAAUGAACCGAGCAAAAAAUUUAUUGUAGCAACAACGCAUUUACUUUACAAUCCAAAGAGGCAAGAUGUCAGAAUUGCACAAGUGGAAAAACUGAUAGCAGCCUUACAGCAAUUCUCAGUUGAAAAUGAAAACGGCAAAAGUGUACCACUUCCCGUGAUAUUAACAGGAGAUUUUAACUUCGAACCCAAAACAAGACCGUAUCAAAUACUAUGUGAGCAGUGUAAAGAUCCGCCAAUUUGUGAAAGAUUUAACAAACAUGACGAAGGAAGUGGUAGCAACCAAGAAGCUAGUAAAGAGUAUUAUUUGAAAACGCCCAAGGGAAAUAAUUUGCAAAUGGCUCCAAUAGAUUUCGGUAUGCAUACUGCUUCAACAUUUCAAGAAAGAUGGAUAACAGUUGACUACAUUCUGCAAUCAGUUGACGAAAACCGUCAAAAGAUACAAAUCCAAUCGGCUUACACGCUACCAAAAAUAAAUGACUGCAUACGUACUGGAUUAAUACCUAAUAAGCAUCUGGGUUCAGAUCACUACUCACUAGGAAUACAAUUUUCAGUACUUUAACAUUUGACUUUAAUUUGUUCAAUAAAAAGUGAAUUGUUGAAUAAAAAUAUCACCACUACAAGCUAUAAGGCCUAAAAGUAUU